UUUACAGUGCGUUGACGGACUUUUGGAGAGUUCAGUGUUGUGCGCUCUCGGUGCGUCACACGCUCGCAGCCUUCAGUGGAAGUGCACGACUCCAGACUAUUAUACAUGCAAAUACGGCCAAGGCUCCAGCUUUUCACUCUCAACACGACAGGCUUCGUUUUCUCUACAAGCUUGAAUUCGCUUCUACUUGUGGCUGAAUCUCAGGAGUGAAAUGGAUGUCAUCCCCAUGUGUAGCAUCUUCCAGGAGCUCCAAAUUGUGCACGACACCGGAUACUUCUCAGCGUUACCGUCUCUGGAAGAGUACUGGCAGCAGACAUGCCUCGAGCUGGAGAGAUACCUCCAGAGCGAACCCUACGUCUCGGCCACGGACCUCAAAUUUGAGAACCAGGAGGACCUGUGGAGCAAGCUGAUGCUCGCCUGCGGGGACAAGUCGAGCGAGUCGGACCCAAAGAUCCCUCACAUCAAGGAGGAGGAAGACAAUCAGGACCAGCACCUUGACGCCGGCGGCUUCAACUCCGACGCCAGCAGCGAGGCCUCGGACAGCUCCGAGGAGCUCUCCCCCACCCUCGACUUCUCCUCCAGCUCUUUGACUGACAUUCUGGGCGACAGCAGCGAAGACCUGGGCUCCGCCAUCAUCAGCACGCCGCCGUCGUCGCCCGAGCUCGGCAAGGAGGGCUCCGUAGCACAUGUGUGGAGCGGGAUACAGACUGUGCUGCACUCACCUGGGAAAAUAAGGACUGGGGGAUUGGAGAGGGCCGUGGAAAGGUCGGGCCUGACCAGCGGGGAGACGUCGCCGGACGGGAGGAAGCGGGUGCACAGGUGUCAGUUCAACGGCUGCAGGAAGGUGUACACCAAGAGCUCGCAUCUCAAAGCACACCAGCGCACGCACACAGGUGAGAAGCCUUACAGGUGUUCAUGGGAGGGCUGCGAGUGGCGCUUUGCACGAAGCGAUGAACUCACCAGACACUUCAGGAAGCACACUGGAGCGAAGCCAUUUAAAUGCAGUCACUGCGACAGGUGUUUCUCCCGUUCUGACCACCUGGCGCUGCACAUGAAGAGGCACAUCUAAGAUGGCCUCCAUGUCCGGAGCUCUGAGGGAUGAUUCUGGGUGAUUGUUCCUGACCUGUGGGGGAUCAGCGAGGCCGGUGUGUCCUGGGAGCGUUAGCAGGGGCGCCGCCGUGUUCCAGUCAGUGGAAAAACAUGAAGCAACGCAGGCUAUUAUUUGCACCAUACUUAGUGCCUCCAACACCUCGCUGUGGAGAUUGCUCUUGAAAGGCUUUUACGGAGGAGCGGGGAGGGCGAAGAGAGGGACUUUAGAAAAAAAAUUACAGUUCUAAAAGAAAAAAAAUAACAAAAUGGGAAAAAUCUGGACUGGAGAAGACGGGAUGAGACUCUUCUGUAUGGUGUUCGACGCUUUUUUCCCGGAGGAUUAUGGGACUCCGGGGGGGUGGGGGUGCCGUUCCUCCGUUGACAGUGUGUUUGCCUGUGCGCAUGGGGACUGUGAGUGCCUGCGACUGGAUGCCUGUGCUGGCUUUAUGGAGCGGAUGGCGCUUGCAUUGUGGAACUGCGAGUGAAUGACAUGGAUGGGGUGAUGUUGUACAAGGGAGUUUAGAUUUUGUUUGUUUUUGAGUUUGGGGGGUGCGGAAUUAUCUGUUGUCUCACUAAGAAUGAAUGCAAGCAAAAAGGUUCUGUCUGUGUCGGUUGAGUUUAUUGGCCAUGGAGAGGAGUGAAAGGGGGGUUGUUUGGCGGAGCCCAUUUGCCAGAUGGCGCCCCCUGUCUGCCUGGAGGUGGAACUACAGCUCCCUGUCCAAAAAGUGGGAGGUUGUUUUGUUUAGUGCAGCUAUUAAAUGUGCAAUGUAUUACGUAGCCUGUCUCGAAACAUACACGCUAUAAAGCUCAUUUUGUUGUCCAUUGUGUAAGCUUUGUAUCUUGAAAGAAAACAACAAAAAAAACAAUUGUACACAAACAGUUAUUGCCAUUAUAACAGAAGUUGCAUGGGAUCUGGGGAUGUGUUGCUCACCUGUUUGCUUAUAGGACAACAAAAUUCCAUUCAAGAGCAGCUACCUUCAUAUUACUCAGUAUCAUAGUAUUGUACAAAACACAUAAGGCAGUCAUUUUGUUUUGUUGGUUUUUUUUUAUGUUCUUGAUAAGUUGGGGAUGCCACUAUUGCUUUGCAGCUGUCUUGAUCGUGGGAUUUAUUUUAUUUUUGUUCCAUUUUCUUCACUUAUGCUUUUCUCUUCUGUUCUAUCUGUAAAUGCACUGUUGACCUUACUGAUGCCUUAUGUAAGUGGCCUUGUCUUGUUAAAUAGAUCACUCUCUCACACACACACAGACACACACCAAACGGCCGUUGCGAAUGCAGUAGUGCGUUAUUGAAUAGCUUUAUAAAGGCUCUGAUCCAUACAGUUGCACCUUUGCCCUUUUCUCUCGCAACAGACUCCUCCAAACUCUUGAAUAUUAAAAAAAGUAACUAUAUAUCAGCUUCAUAAUGACUGCCAUUUUUACAUUUCUGUGCAUUCUUUGUCGACUAUAUCAUAAAUAUAUCAUAACUAAAAUCAUAUUCUCCAAAAUGACCCAGAUCUGAGACAGAAUUGUGGAGCACUCGGAAAAGCAAUUCACUUUAUAAUGGUUUACUACUAUGUAGUAUAAGGCGGUGUGGAUGCACUUCAGAUAAACUGUAACUUGCUGUCAGAGGUACAGAGUCUUGGAAACAUGUUCUCAUGAAAUGCUGCGUGUUCGGCCACCAAGGCUGGAGAGUUACUGCAAAGAAACCUUUACAUCGAAACGUUUGUAUCAGUCGAUGUGUCGAAAGAAUAUGUUCUCAAUAGAAAAAGGUCCUUUAAAGUGAUGACAGCAUUCUCAAUCAGGAGUUUGUUUUGAUGUACGUUUUGUUGAGUCUUGCCCUCAGGGUGAGUCAGUAUCUUUACUCAGUCCUGGUUUAUACAACCCGUAAUCUGACUAAACGGUACCAAAACCAGUCUAACCAGUGGGGCUGAGCUGUGCUGCAGGUGGCGUAGAGGUUUCAGCCUCUGCAAGUAAACCGAGCUGAGACCAGGACCAGAAGUUUGUCUGUACCAACUUCACUAUAUGCAUGUUUUAAAUUAAGUUACAUGACUUUAACGCACUCCUCCUUGGGCUGAUGAAAAAAAAAUCUCUGAUCUCUUGGGUUUAUUGGAAUAUUUCAGUUCACUACUGGAUCAUUUUGUCACCAUUUCCCCUCAUUUGUAGAAACAUUUUGGAGCCACGGUGUUUCUACUGGGUGACUUUUGUCAAGAAAGUAAAACAAGGGUUGAGGAAGAACUUCCUUCAUUCAUCUGUAACUCGAUGUCUGUCACUCGGUAGUCAACAUCACAGGCAGCCUUGUUAUGACCUGUGCAGGUGAACCUGUCGGACAUUAGAGAAAAUCAGUAGGCGAUGCUCGUUUUUACACUGAGAAAUGUCAAAAAUGCAAAGACGUGUUACAUUGUAAACUAAGAGAAUUUUGUAAGGAAGCUUCUAUUUUGAAAGGGUAUGGGACCAAACAAAAAAACAAAAAAACAAGUGCAGCGUGUUGUUUCUAAAUAUGAAAGACAAAAAGGCAGAAAAUUUCUUGUAAAAUAGAUGCACUUCAUUCUCCUUCAUUUGCUUCUGUAACAUCUUUGCUUUGGAUUUUUUCUCUUUCUUUUUUUUGGAAAAAAUUAAAGAGGAAAUUUAGAGCAAAUGUACAUUUUAAAGUGGCAUCAAUAGCGCCUACACCUGUGGCCUAUCAUCUUUCAAGAAAAACAAACAAAAAAAGACAACAAAAAAAACUACUUUUCAGACGUGAAUUGUUCUGGACACUUGAAUUGUCAUAAUUUUGCAUUCUGGUGCCCGCUAAGUAUUAUUGUUAUUUUGUUUUUUGUUUUGUUUUUAUAUGCCAAGUGAUUUCUUUCUCUCAACUUUUCAAAGACCUGCGAAGAUGCCCUAUCUUUAGCUAGAGAAUCUUUAUUGGAUAAACACGGAAAAUACGAGGCUCUAUUUUUGUUCGUUUUAUGGCAUAACAAGAUUUUUUCAUUUGAAAUUGUUUUGUAAAAUAGUUUCUGUAUGAAUGUAUUUUUUAUUGGAAAAUGGAUAAAAAGACUUUAUUGGUUCUA